UAUUGACUGAGGUCGGAUCGUGAUCUAGCUGUCGUCUGAUCAAUCGCUUUGUAGUAGCGAAUCAGCAACUGUUGAUGGAAUUGGGCUGCUCUCACUCCUUCCCUCACUCUCAUGCCUCGACUCUCUCAUGAUCUCAUCCGCAAAGCCUACAGUAUAUCCUCAUUCCUGCCCCUUGUCCUUCGCGGUACCAGAGCCCUUGACUCAGCAAUCAAUGAGCUCGGAUGGCUCAAAGAACACGUCUUCGAGACUUCCAAGACAGAUUGUCCUAAAGCGCACCAAAAGCAGCUACUCCAGCUCUGCAUAAGACGCUCACGAGCUGAGCCUUUACAAUAUAUCCUUGGCUCCCAACCGUUUGGUGACUUGGACAUCAAAUGUCGGCCAAAAGUCCUCAUCCCAAGACCAGAAACAGAGGCGUAUACGGCUCAUGUCGCGAAGCUGCUGCUCGAAGACAGCUUAGAUGUACUUUCAGGGCCAACUAGAGAUUCGAUAGACAGCGAGGAUCAGUUGCAUAGGCGGCGUGCACCAAAGAUUCUUGACGUCUGUUCCGGAAGCGGAUGCAUCUCACUACUUCUCCAUUCCCUUCUUGUCGAAAAGUUCAAGGACAUUUCGAUAUUGGGUCUUGAUAUCUCCAAAACUGCAGUCAAUAUCGCGAGGGAUAAUCUGAGAGCGUACAUCAAGGCGAAAAACUUCGUUCAACAACCAAGGCAGGGACAUCCACAAGUUCAAUUUCGCAUUCAUGAUGUUCUGAGCCCGACUCCCAUCGGGUUUGGCCACUUCGAUGUCAUCUUAUCCAAUCCGCCCUAUAUCUCAAACUCACAUUUUGCUACAGAGACUACAAGAUCGGUUCGUAAUUAUGAGCCAAGACUAGCUUUGGUGCCUACAUUUAUCCCUGGCGUCUUGCUUUGCAAGCCAGAGGAUAUCUUCUACCACCGCUUGCUCGAACUUUAUCAAACGAAUAAGAGUUCGAUGCUGGUCAUGGAAAUUGGAGACGAAGAACAAGCACGUCGGGUUGUACAGAUGGCGCUUUCCACUGCACAGGUUUCUGGGUCAAAUGGGGUGGAGAUCUGGAGAGAUUGGCCGGAACAAGAGCCACAGCCUGGAGAAGAUACAGUGAUGCGUAUCGAUGGCAGAUCCAUAGCUGCUGGGUUUCCGGAUGUUGAGAAGAAGAGUGCAGAUGGAGAGUCUGAUACCAGGUUACGAGAAACAAUUGAUGGAAAAGGGGUUCGUGUUGAGGAUACACACAUACCUAUCAAAGGUGCAGGGAUGAUUAGGACAGUGAUUCUCUCCCGAACGAAAAGUGUUGGGCAAGAAAGGCCCUGAAAGACUUCACACAGUUGCUGCAGUCUGAGAAGCAGUGAAGUGAAAUAAACGAACCCCUAAAUUUGGCGAAAAGCCCCUGAAGCUUGAGCCAAUGGCGCUGAGACGGUC